CAAAAACCACUGAAACAAUUAACUGGGGUGUCUCGUGACUUUAGUGCAACGACUGCGAUGCGGUCUUCUAGGACGUGAAGGCAUGUGUGGCCAGUCUCUUGCUUGCUUGGAAGUCUCCAGUUGAAACGGCCAAGGAACCCUCUGCAUAAGCAAAGAAUGGAAUUGCCAUAUUAGGACCGCUCGUUUAGGCAUUCCCGCAGGUCACGUGUCAGACGCUUAACCGACGGAUGGAGAAUGCAUGCAUGGUUCAGAGCGAUUCAUCAUGGUAGGAUGUUCGCUAAUUACGGCAGCCGCUCUGCUUGGCCUGGCCAAUGCGGUGUAUCAAACCGAUAAUCAAUGCCCACAUCGUGUCUACCACGCAUUGCAUGUGCAACAGUGUCCGCCUAUUCAUAAUACACAAGGUCAUCACACCCGAUUAUUAGAUCCAGAUUCAUUCGACGCUUUGUUUUUGAAGGACGCAGUUAUGCCACAAUUACAAACCGAUCCUCACCCUGUGGAAGCCACUCGGUCGCAGCGUUCUCCUCUGCAAGCUACCAGCUCAACGACUUUCACCUCCGGGACCGAAAAGGUAACCUCUACCUUCCGACCCUUAACCGCUACCACAGAGGCGCCGCCAACACCACAAGAAAGCAAAUCUGGAAAGUUGUUGUCGUUUGAAGAGUGGAAGAGGCAGGUUGUACAGCAGGAGGGAGAGGAUGUCAAUAGGCGACGAAAAAUCACUCCACCUGUCAGAAAAUCAAUGUCUCGUCAACGUCAACAAAUUGAUAGUAUUGAUGGUGCGUUUGGAGAUGAUGUAGGCGCCAUGUUUGAUAACUCUGAGGAUGCACCACCUCAAAAUAUAUUCCGGCAACAGGAUCCUUUGCCUUUUGCUUCCAAGCAAAAUCCCACCGAUCUCGGCAACUCUCCCAACGAUCGGCAGUUAAACCCGUCCUCUCCGAAUCCUCCACCCAGGAAUCAGCAGCAGCAUAAACAGCCUCCACCACCUUCACCAUACCAACAGCCUAUUCUUCCUGCUACCCAACUCGUUCCUCAAAAAUCGUCAGGAAAAUCAGAAAAAGAAUCCAUCAAUCCUCUCAAAAAGUUGAAAGAGCUUUACAAUUAUGCUUCCAUCGACUGUGCUGCUACUGUCUUACAGGCCAACAAAGGGGCCAAAAAUCCCCAAUCCAUCCUCUAUGAGUCAAAAGACCAAUACAUGUUGAACAAAUGCUCUUCGGAUAAGUUUGUCAUCAUUGACCUGUGUGAAAGUAUUUUGAUUGACAAAUUCGUGCUGGCCAACUAUGAGUUCUUCUCAAGUACAUUCAAGGAUUUCCGAGUCUAUGUUGCCGAUCGCUAUCCACCAAAGGAAUGGCGAUUGCUUGGCCAGUGGCAGGCCAGGAACACCCGCGAUUUACAGAUUUUCAAGGUGGAAACAGGUCUGGAUUGGUAUCAAUAUAUUAAGAUUGAGUUUUUGUCGCACUAUGGCAAUGAAUAUUACUGCCCUCUUAGUUUGUUGCGAGUUCACGGUAACCCCAUGAUGGAGUAUUGGACAUUAUACGAGAAGCCAACCAUCACCGGAGAAGAUGAAGAAGACGAGAUGCUUAAGGGCAUCAGUCCUGAUCCUAUGGUGGAUGAAACCGACUUUUUGUGGCCAGCAUUUUCGUCUGUAGACAUUGGUGCCAAAUUAACCACCCCAUCCAUACCUACUGUGGAGGAUAUGCUGAUCGCUGAGCGUGAAGCAAAGAGUUUGAAAUUGGAUAAUUUGGUCACAAGUGGACAUCUUGAUUCUUCCACAUCACCUUCAACCCCUGAGUCCUCCUCCAAUCAACCCCACAUUGCCGAUGAAGCUGCUGGUUCGGCUGCCGAAGUUCCCCUUCAGGAAAACACUGUCGCUCACAAAGAUGACGCAGAUGAAAGUCAACAACAUGUCAGCUCAAAGGAUGAACCUAACUAUAUUGCCACAGACCCCGUUCCAAACAAGCCGGCCGACUUGUCAAAUUUCCCCAUCGUUUCUAAAAGUGAACCAGCAAUCAGCUCGACUGCAGCAUCAGAUAGCUCACAGCUUUCCAAUGUUCCCGACGCAAAGUCGUCUGAACCCAGGUUUUCCGAGGAGGAAGGGCCGACUAGCCAGCAAUCAACAACUGUGGAGCUCACGGCACCAUCUCCAACGGAAGAUGCCAGUCCUGCCCCUGUUGCCAGCGACUUCAACAUACAUACAAAUACAGUUGGUAGUCAAACCAAAGCCCCUUUUGGUUAUGGGCAAGGAGCCAACAUGGAAUCCAUCUACAAAACCAUUAUGACCCGUAUUCUGAAUUUGGAGCAAAACGCUACUUUGUCGCAGCGAUAUUUGGAUGACCAAAAUCGUAUGCUGAAUGAAGUGUUUGAAACGAUGGAGGACCGACACCGUGAACAACUUUUGCAACUGGUCGGCCAAUUAAAUUCAACAGCCAGCUUGAGAAUCGAUACCAUGAAAAGAAGAUACGAAAGACUUUAUCGUAUGACAGCUCGUGAAUUGGAGACCACCAGGAACGAAACUGCUAAAGAAUUGCAAGAAUUGACGGCCAAGCUUCAUAUUAUGGCCGAUCAAGUCGUUUUUGAAAAGCGAUUGUCCCUCAUCCAACUCAUUCUAUUGAUCUCCUUAUUUUUGUUCACGGCCGCUAACAAAGGUACCUUGAGUACACUUUCGCCGAUUGUUGCCGCUCAAGCCGAAGAACGACAACGUCGGCAAUCCAUUAGUCAUCAUCAAAGCUCAGCUUCUCAGACAGACAUGGAACGACCGAGAUUGCCGCAUCAGCCUUCAACCCAAGCGUUGCACACCUCCAAAUCGACUGAUACAGCGCCAAUGGAAGUGACGGAGAUACCAGAGUUAUCAGAAGCCAAGCGAGAGUUGCAAAUCACCAAAUCUCAUGUGGAGAAGCUCAAGUUAAAACCCACUCGACAAUCCACAGCUGAAUUACUAUCCAAAACAGCCGAAUACGACCCACUUAGACACGAACGUUGGGACGUGGAUGAUGGGAAGAUCAGGCUUCACGAAGCAGGCUCACAAAAGACGAUGAAACCCACUGAGGCUAUACCAGCUCAUAUAGAUACCCCUAUCCUCACUGAUUCACCUGCUAUGCUCUCUGACGCUUGGCCAUCUCCCUCCCUACCUCAGGGUACCCACCUUCAACUGGAAGGGGAUCUAAGACUAUCGCGAGCAUCGUCCUUUGUUGAUCACUUGGACCUUGCCUAUGUGGAAAGUCCCAAGUUGCAUAAUUCACGACGAGACCGGUGGAAAGAGGUCUCUACCACCCACGACGAAACUCAUCAUGGGCCGAUGGAGCAUAUAGACGACCCACCGUGUUCUCUCGAGGUUCCUCACGCUUCGUUUCAACUGUCGCCUACCGCACUGUCUGUAAAUCCAAGUUUGCAGAAUACAGAAGAUGAUGAUGAAGCCACUGUUCCUAAUAUUGAAAACGACCGUCGAUGAAGAGUACUACUAGUCAUGAUUUUGUUAAUUAUUACUUCUUGCAUUGAAAAAAUAUAUAUAACCCAAUUGUACGAUAUUUUAAAAUAUACUCUUCUCCCACUCCACGCUUGUUUCAUCAAUAACAGC